UCGCAGGCCCCAGCUAGGCGCUGGGGUUGCCCAGGCUCCGUAUGCCCGUCCCCAGCGACCCAAAUGCCGGAGGCAGGAGGGACCGCGGGUGUCCCGGGGUCGGCCAAGCGAAACCCAGGAGCCCGGGCCUGGCUCCUGAACCUGACGUGAGUGCGCUGGCGGUCACCGGAGGCGCGGGCUCUUGACCUAGGCUCUGGGGGGCCAAGACCAUGAGGCUGAGGCGGAAGGCGGACGCUGCGCUCACCCUGCUCCUGGCCACCGCCCUCUGUUUGCUCCUUUACUCGCAGCGAGAGCAAGGGGCCCCCGCGGUCAGCCUGUCCAGCGCCCAGGCCAGGAUGGUCACUGGCCCAGCCCCGCCGCCCCUACCCACGCGCCCUGGCUGGGGGCCUGAGGUGGUGCGCGCCUUUCCAGCUGCCAGGGCUGAGCACCCAAUCUAUGAGGAGGACACGCCUGCGCCCCCGACGCCCUCGGGGCCCUUCGACUUUCGCCGUUACCUGCAGGACAAGGACAAGAGGCGCUUCCAGCUCCUCAUCAAUCAGCCACAUAAGUGUAGGGGGCUUCCAGGAGGCCCGGGGCCAGACUUGCUCAUCGCCGUCAAAUCUGUGGCCGCGGACUUCGAGCGGAGGGAGGUCGUGCGAAAGACCUGGGGUGCAGAGGGGCACGUGCGCGGGGCGCGGGUGCGGAGGGUCUUCCUGCUGGGCAUCCCUCGGGGCCCGGCCGGGGCCGGGACGGGGACGCAGGCCCAGGAAGGCCUGCUGCGGGCUGAGGGUCGCGCCUAUGGGGACAUCCUGCUCUGGGCCUUCGAUGACACUUUCUUCAACCUGACCCUAAAGGAAAUCCACUUCCUGGACUGGGCGUCCACCUUUUGCCCCGAUGCGCGCUUUGUGUUCAAGGGCGACGAUGACGUGUUCGUGCACGUGGAGAACUUGCUGGAGUUCAUAGCGACACGGGACCCGUCCCAGGACCUUUUGGCCGGGGACGUGAUCCUGCAGGCGCGGCCCAUCCGCGCUCGGGACAGCAAAUACUAUAUCCCCAAGGGGGUGUACGGGCUGGGCGCCUACCCUGCGUACGCGGGAGGCGGGGGCUUCGUGCUGUCCGGAGCCACGCUGCGGAGGUUGGCCGCCGCCUGCGCCCAGGUGGAGCUCUUCCCCAUCGACGACGUCUUUCUGGGCAUGUGCCUGCAGCGUCUCCGCCUGGUGCCCGAGGCGCACCAGGCGUUCCGCACCUUUGGCAUAGCACGGCCCUCGGCCGCCCCCCACCUGCGUACCUUCGACCCCUGUUUCUACCGGGAGCUCGUGCUGGUGCACGGGCUGUCAGCAGCCGACAUCUGGCUCAUGUGGCAGAUGCUGCACGCGGUGCCAGGGCCCGACUGCGCUCGAAGACGCACGGCCCCAAAGCCCUUCCGCUGGGGCUCCUAGCUGCUGAGCCAAGCGUGGGACCUGAGAAGGGGCAAAGUGGGAAAAGAAACGGGGUUCCUCCCCGCCCUGCUCCGAGUAACAUUCCUGUGCCUUAUUUCCUUGCCUGUAAAAGGAAGCCCCUUCUAACUCUAAAUCCGUUGCUUGUGGGUAACAAGCUUACUUUUAAUUAUCUUGUGCGUAGAUGCUAGCAGGGCAGAAGGAAAACAUUUUCUUUGAUACCAAUUUUCACCAUCUAUCAAUCCAUCGAAUAUUUAAGUGUCUAUAUCUGAAGCACUGGCGAUAAAGACAAAAGCCAACUGGUCUCUUGCCUCAAAUAUCUCACAUUCACAACGUGUGCAUGUAUAGGUCUGAAUAAUAACAUACCCAUUAAAUACAAAGGAGGGGAAGGCAGUAGGGGGUAUGUGGAACAUCAUUCCAUUCCCAGCAAGGAGCAUUUAACCCAAUUAAGGCUUAAGAGUUUAAAAGAAUCCUAAACAUCUUUCAGGCCCCAAUUAGGAGAGUUCUGCUCACACUAGUUACAUCCCUUGGUUGGCCUGGGCUGAGCUUUCUGGAAAGGAUCUCUGAGCAGGGAGAUGUAAUUUUCAUACUUGGCCCACCCGGGAUUGCACAAUGACUUCUUCACACAGGUCCACUUUUCAAGUUCUGGACUGCAGUUAGCCCCAGAUCCCAUCAGCCCAAUCUAGGCCAUGAGCCAGCCAUAGAGUGCACCCAGGGCAGCUUUUGUCGAAAACAGCCACGAACCCCAGCUGUUUUCCGAGUUUGAAGGGAUCCUCUCCCACCCUCUGCUUAUAUUAUCCAAAGGAAGUCAAGCUCUCUGCCUUUCCAUACCCCUUCUCUCUUUUUCAGCCUACACCUUACCUCUCUUGUAAGCCUUAUUUUUGGGCCCCUGAUCUAGAUCUGGCCAGCAACAAUCCAGCCUGGAUGAGGUAGCCUGCCCCUCAGGCUUACGCCUGUGUAUGCAGAAAGGUGCUUUCUGAGGUGCAUUUGGGGUGCGGGAAUGGGGAGGUCCUUAAUGUCCCCUUCAGCUUCCAGUCCUAACUUCUUGUUACCAGGGUUUAGUCCUUGUUUGUUUCUCCCUCCCCAGCAUCUGCUGUCAUUGUUUCUGACUUCACGUAAGCCUCAAAUUUGCACUAACUUGGACGGAGAAUUUGGUCAGGCCAAGGGGAGGUAGUGCCCACACUUCCAGCGCUGGUGCCAUUCCCUCUCCUAAUCUCAGGAAGGCCUUUUUUAUGUGCAUCUCUUCCCAUUAGAACUCUUUGAAGGCCUCUUUCUGUUUUUUCUUUGUAUCCAGGGCAGCGAACCUGGUGCCUGACACACAGUAAGUGCUUAAUGAAAGCUUCUUGAAAAUACCUGAACCGACCUGCCCUCUCCCCAUCCAUUACAUCGGCCUUAUUCCUCCAAGCAGAUUGUUCCUGGAGGGGGGAGCCAUCAUAUUCUGGACAACUUUCUGAAGUUUCAACACUUUCUGCAAGGAUCAGGAUGAGAUGGUGCGAGUGAGUGCAUGUGUGCAUGCAGGCGUGUAUAAAAACAGCAUCAUAGGUUUAGGGAUGUUUAAAGUUGAGGAAAGACUGGUCCAGAGAAGUUAACUUGACACAAAUGACUCAAGGACAGCACAGCUAUUAAAGCCCGGGGCUUUGGACUCCAAACUGAGCUUUCUUUCUAUUGCACCACAAUGCCUUGGUCCUGUCAUUUCCCUUAUCUGUGAAAUGAGCCAGCAUAAGUUUUCAGAGAUCCCUUCCACCUCCUAGGGUCAGCACCAACAUUCAUUGAUUCAGAGGGCUCCCACCUCCCCCCAGCCCUCUUUGAUUUUAGGGCAGGGUCUGUCUUUGAAUUCUAAGUCCCCAUCCUCUCUGCCCCUCCCAGGGCCUUGCAAAAAGUAGUCAUUUAAUCAGAACCUUAGGAAUCUGCAGGCUUGUGGGGAAAUGGCCAGAACCCUCAUCUACUGGCAGACGCAGUAUUUUUCUCGGAGGAGCUAGACCUAAGAGUGAAUCCUUGGAACAAGUCAAAGAGGGAGAAGCAGGACCAAUUUUCUGCGUUCUCACUUUGAAAAGCCACUGGUGAUCUGGGCUCCAGGAUAAGACCGUGGGCAGUCAUUGUGACUGAGGUACCGUCGAGCUUGGGGGGAGGAAGCUGGCCUAGGACAGUCCUUCACAGGGGCCAAAAAAGUGGGAGAUGGCUGAGCUGAUUUGAGGGAUCUGAGGUCCAACAGAGUCUAUGGCGUGAGAAGCUGGGAACAGAUGAGGUAGACAUGUUUGCUGGGGACUUGGAGAGCACAUCUAGACCCAACCUGGUGAUAAAGUGAUAUGAUGGUGGAGCACAAGAAGACCCUUGAAAAAGAAGACUCACAACUCUGGCCCCCUUUCACAGCAAGGAGGGAGUGCCCCUCUUGGGAAGGUGGAGAUGUCCACAGACCCACCUGAAGACACUGCUUCAAUUCCUAUGGCUACAGGGAGGGGUACAGGAAUCCCAACUUGCCCAUCCCAACUGAGCCAAGUUUCUAGCAGAUGCAAGAAUCUGCCCUCCCAAGUCAAGGGCUCCCAGGGGACCACUGUGAUCCCAUACCCAGAAAACCAUCAAAAGGAUGUGACCAAAAAGCAAUCACACUCAGUCACUGUGCUGUGCACCAGCCAGUGCCUGAGGGACAGCUCCACUUUAUUAGCCUUUCGGGACACAUGCACCUCUGGGGAAUGUACAGGGGCCACAGAACAAAGACGAUUAGAAGGCAAGGAGGGAUGGCAGGGCAGGAGGGGGAAGCAGGCAAGGGGUCACCUACGAGAGAGGUGGCUCCUAACAGCCCUUUCUUUUCUUGGCCCUUGGCAGAUGGAUUCCCAACUGUGGCUUCAGCCAGACAGUCUAGAAUGUCACAGCCCAUGGGAAGACGACAUAGUAACAGGGAUGCCACACACACCCACAUACGCCCAUACACACACAGAGCAAUGUUCCCCUUGCUCCUGGUCCUGGAUCCAAAAACAUUAGGUACCAGUCUACUUUCUCAUUCAUCAGUAAACUAUUUAGGAUUAUACUGUACAUGAGUUAAAAUUACAAAAAUGUCUUAUUUACAAAAAUCUGUACACACAUUUGAAAAACCUCACAAAAUUGUUGUCUAUGUAUCACAAGUUGCUACAUCAAAAUAUUAAAAAUGGGAUAAAAUUA